CGAUGGUGUGCGUGGCGUUACUUUUCUAUUAAUUUCGCGAUAAUAAUUAUUGCGACAGUAUACACGAGAAUCAUAGUAAUUAGUGCUUAAUCCGGCAAGAAUAUGGGUGAUCGUGAAUAUAGUGGCGGUGGAUACGCGUCGCAGUAUUCGGUGCCUCCACCGGCAUCAGCCGAUAACAAUAGUUAUGGCGGUGGGCAAGGUGGCUAUAACCAAGGCGGAUACUCUGGGCAAUCUCAAAAUCAAGAAUGGAACCAACAAAGUUCAGGUGGUAAUUCCUAUGGAGGAAGUAAUCAACAAAGUAGUAACUAUGGUCAGAGCUAUGGAAGUGGUUAUGAUAGUGGCGGUGGCUAUGAAAGAAGUAAUGAUGGGUAUAAUUCGAGUGGAGGAGAGCGUGGCGGGAGCAAUUAUGGAGGCAGUGAUCGUGGUGGUUCUGGCUAUGGCGGUGACAGAGGCGGCAGCGGCUAUUCUGGAGGUGGAGACCGUGGCGGGUAUGGUGGAGGUGAUCGUUCAAACAACUUCAGUAGAGAUGGGGGAAAUAGAGACGGUGGAUAUGGUGGCGGAGGCAGGGGGGGUGGUUUUAACAAAGGAGGCGGCGGAAGCGGUGGAUAUGCCGACCGUGGUGGCGGUGGUGGUGGUGGUGGUGAUAUGGUAACUCAAGAAGAUACUGUCUUCGUUCAGGGAAUGAAUCCAUCUACUACUGAAGAGGAGCUGUGCCAACAUUUUGGAGCUAUUGGUAUAAUCAAGACUGAUAAAAAAACACAACGGCCGAAAGUAUGGAUGUACAAAGACAAAUCUACUGGCCAACCUAAAGGAGAAGCGACUGUAACUUACGAAGAUUCCAAUGCAGCUUCUUCUGCAAUUCAAUGGUUCGACGGCAAAGACUUUAAUGGAGCAACUAUUAAAGUUUCACUUGCCCAACGACAAAAUACUUGGGGAGGUGGCAAAGGAGGCGGUGGUGGCUUCAGAGGAGGACGAGGUGGAGGCGGCGGGGGAGGAGGUCGCGGUGGUGGUGGAGGCAGAGGGGGUGGAUCUCAAGGUUCUAACAACCGUGAUGGAGACUGGAGAUGUCCAAACCCCAAUUGUGGAAACACCAACUUUUCUUGGAGGAAGAAUUGUAAUAGAUGUAAUGAAGAGAAACCCGGCGGCGGUGGCGGUGGAGGUGCUCCAGGCGGAGGGCGAGGCGGCGGUCCUCCAAGCCGUGGAGGCCGUGGCGGCGGUGGCGGGAGAGGUGGAGGAGGAGGAGGAGGUGGCUGGGGUGGCCGCGGGAGUGAUCGAGGAGGUGGUGGACGCGGCGGUAGCAGAGACGGUGAUCGUCGCAGUUAUGGAAGCAGUGGCGGUGGUGGAGGAAGGGACGGUGACCGCGGUAAUGGUGGGGGCGCUAUGAGAGGAGACGGCGGCAGCAGAGACCGACAACGACCUUACUAAAUAUAAUUUUAAGACUUAAUCAUAAUGUUAAUACUUCCUUCUGACUGAGAUCUAAGUUUGUAAAAACAUUCAAUCUAAACUUUCCAUCAUAUUACAGUGUAUAUAAGAUAUCUUGAACACUUUAGAUGCAUUUCAGACAUGUAUGCUUCUUACUGAAUUAGAAUUUACUUGAAUUAAAAAUGUAAUCUUUCAUUAAUAACUAGAAAUACUAACAAUUGAUGCUUUUCACCCAUUUUUCAAAUUAACUAUUGUACAAUAGAUUUUUUUUUAGUUUUUAGUGUGCUAAAUAUAAAAUCUAUAUAUUUAUAGAGAUCGAGAUUUAUUUCUAAUGUUGUCAAUAACAUGUCUCGCUUAUCAAAGCAAAGCGAAUCAAAGUGAUAGCCUCGUUAUGAUUGGUUAAAAUAUUGUACACGUGUGUAGAGAAUUAAAAUUAAAAAAAUUAGAAUGGAGAUUUCUUAAUAUUCAUUUAUUAAUAGGUGUAAAAACAAAAUUAUAAAAUUUUUAGGUUUUUUGUUUUUUUUUUUUAUUAAUUGCAGAAACAGUAGUUUUAUGUGUAAGUGAAAUGUACUUUUAGUAGUAUUCCUGCUGCAAGUUAAUGUUUUUUCAGUUACAUAUUAUUUUGGUCAGAUAUCUAGGAUUUUUAAUAAAUAAACUUAUUAUAUAUAUAGUACAUGGACUCAUUAACAACCCUGUCUCGGUCUCUAUUUUAAUAGAAUUAUAAACGUGUUGUAUUUCUAAUAACUGAAAUGUAAAUAGGAUUAAGUUAUGCAUUUUACUACAACCCUUGGUAUAGAAAAACCUCUCAAUAAAAACAUUUUGUAACUA